AUAUACCUCCAUGCAGAUGUGGACUGCAUUAAGGUAGGUGGGAUAGCACCCUUCAUAUACCUCCAUGCAGAUGUGGACUGCAUUAAGGUAGGUGGGAUAGCACCCUUCAUAUACCUCCACGCAGAUGUGGACUUCAGGAAGGUAGAUGGGAUAGCACCCUUCAUAUACCUCCACGCAGAUGUGGACUUCAGGAAGGUAGAUGGGAUAGCACCCUUCAUAUACCUCCACGCAGGUGUGGACUUCAGGAAGGUAGAUGGGAUAGCACCCUUCAUGUACCUCCACGCAGGUGUGGACUUCAGGAAGGUAGAUGGGAUAGCACCCUUCAUGUACCUCCACGCAGAUGUGAAUUAAGUGAAGGGCAGCUGGGACAGCACCCUUCAU